AUGAAUAAAUUAAGUGCUAAAGAAAAAGCGGAGGCACGCGAGAAUUUUGAAAAUCAGCUACGAUACGCAUUUGUGCAAUAUGAUAACAACACAGAAGAUGAUGAAGAGAAUACUGAGAAAAGGCGAGAAGAAUGCGAGCGCAAAGCGAGAAGGGGGGAAAUGGACCCCAGGUUGGAGUUCACAUUCCAACUUCUGAUAGACGGCACAGGUUUACCACGGCAUGCUAUAAUGGACCAUGUUUUCGAAGGGAACAUGUUGGAUGACAUCAAUCAGUUAUUCCUCCCGCACAUGAGAAAUAAACUUCUCUGGUAUUAUCAAGAUGUGGAGGAAGUGGAACAAAGAUCACAGGGUGACGCUGGUAAACCUCGACAACAAGGCCAGGGGAAGCAACCACCUCCUCAAGUUACCUUGAAGAAGAAGCUGUUCCUAUCAGAUGGCUGGGAUGUGAGAUUUACAGGAAUAUGUAUUUACAUGUUUAGAAUUAAUGUCAGUAAACAACUCCCAGAAGAAGGAUUUCAUAAAGAUUUAUUUUGUGGUAUUUUAAACGCCGAAAAAGUAGGAUUAGUGACGGCUAUAGAAAGAGUAAUGGAACAUGUAUAUAUGAACGCGCUGGCACAUCCUAGUAGUGAUGGUGAUGAAGACGAAACCAAAUUUCCUAUAGUGAAGAAUCAACUGCUGCCGGGGUUGAGGUCCUUUUGCAGUGCGUUGAAAGUAUGCGAGGAUGUCUGUAAUCAAACAAAUUUAUUCGAUGAUGGCCAAGCGCAUAUGGUAGAUAUUCAAGAUCCCAGUGAACUAAAAGAAAUGACUAAGAAUCCCAAUACAAUAACUAUGUUGGAGGAUCGUGUAACCGAAUGGAUAAAGAAAGUAAUGGAGAUACUGAGUGAAAGCGAACAACUUCGACGAGAAGUGGACUCAAGCGGACCUCAAGAUGAACUGGAGUAUUGGAAGAAGAGAGGAGCUCAAUUCUCACAGCUAGUCUCCUACUUACAAGAUUCAGAAGUUCAGCUAACGCUAACGUGUCUCCAACUAUCAAAUUCCAAAGUCAUAAGGAUUUGGCGAGAUACAGACCACAAGAUAACGUUUUGUUAUAAUGAAGCCAAAGACAAUGCCAAAUUCAUUCAAGCCAUGGAAAAAUGUUGCCAUUCUCUGUAUUUGGAUGACCCAGUCAAAAUUAAAGAUUCCAUACUGAGCUUGUUGCAAACAGUCAGACUGAUUCACAGCGUAUCACAGUUUUAUAAUACUUCAGAGAGGAUUUCUUCAUUGAUGGUGAAGAUUACGAACCAAAUGAUUGAUACCUGCAAACAAUAUAUAACGUGUCGAUUCAAAGAGACCAUAUGGUCACAAGAUCGACCUGUAGUUAGAGAAAAAUUAAUCCACUGCAUCAACCUUAAUAAGACCUACAGAGAAACCUAUUUAUUUGUAAAGAAUCAACCAUUUCUACCUAACACGGAGCAAUUCAGUUUCUCAGAGAAUUAUGUUUUCGGUAAAUUCGACACGUUUUGUAAAAGGUUAAACAAGAUUAUCGCUAUAUUUGACCUUAUGGACGAUUACAAUAAUCUAUUUGAGAAAAGAAUGGAAGGAUUACUCUUGGGAGAAGAUUUGGAAGAGGCCAUGCAUACAUUCGGAGAGGCUAAGAAAGCAGUGACUACGUGUCAAUACGACUACCUAGACUAUAGAAACAACGAGUUUGACAAAGACUACCGGAUAUUUGAGGAAAAGACAAAUGCACUUCGCGAAUCAAUAGGAAAUACAAUAGAAAUUAACUUCUCAAGCGUAUGGGAAACACCGCAGGGUAUUAAGUUCCUGACUAGAUUUGAAAAAGUUAGUCAAAAAAUUCUAAUUACGAAACUGAGUGAAAAGUACGACCGAGUACUGCGGUAUUGCGAAAAGGAGGUGGAUAAAAUAAUGAAAAUGUUUAAAAGACAAAAAGAGGAUCCACCGCUACCUAGAAAUUACUCGCCAGUCGCAGGUCGUAUUAAAUGGUCGCGUUGUUUGAUGCACAAUAUGACUGAAACUGUGGAGAGUGUGUGUGCUCACCCGGUGCUGCGCUCGCUGCCGGCGGCUGCCGACAUGAUGCGCAAGUAUACCAACACCAGGUCGCUCAUACACAACUACGAGGAAACCAUGCGAGCCGUCUGGAUGAAUCAGAAUUUAUGGGACGUGGACGAUAGUUUAAGCAACACAUUACUGAAGAUCGACGAGAGUGGCUGCAUCAGCGUGAACUUGGAUCACGCCAUCAAACUCCUUAUCAGGGAAUCCGACUGCCUCGUCAAGAUGGGCAUACAACUACCUAUCGUGUGCCACUCUCUAUACGCAAAGAAAAAUUAUUUUACACUUAUCAACGAUUCCUUACAGUUUCUUCUAGAGGACUACCUGCGAACAGUUCGCCGUGUAAUGUUGGAAGUACGUCCUCUCUUUCUGCCACAAGUGGUCCGCCUUUCUUCACUCCUGCUUCCCGGUCUUCGUUCCGUGAGCUGGACCAGUGAAGACUGGCAGGAAUUCAUCGACCGCGCAAAUGCGGCCAUCAAAUGCUUCGACGUUCUCGUAACUAGAGUCCAUGACAUAUACACGAACAGAAUAAUUUACGUCUUGUCUGGCAUGCAAGAAGUAACACUGAUAUGUUUACCAGAAGAAACACCUUGGUCCAUGGAUGAAUUUAUAGAUAUCGUCGAAACGGGGUGUCGGAAUGCGUGUGUUGAGUUGAAUCGUAAAAGUCUAAUGGUGGAAGAAGCUGUAGAAGAGGUUUUGGAUCUCGUGAAGAAAGCUGCUCAGCAAAUUAAACCUACCGAAAUCAAUCCGGACUUCGAGUUCCUAAUUGCCGAAGACGAGACCGCGGGAGGCAGCGGCACAGCCUCUUUAGCAAAUGAAUCAACGUCCAGCGGUCAGCAGGACUGGUCAGCUGUUUGGGAGUGCUUCGAGAAUCCGCAUAGACUUCUCUCCACUCCUGCUGGUGGUUUAUCAAAAGGCAUGCAGGAAAUGGUGAAAAAUGCAGUAAGCGAAAUGAGAAGAUACUACAGCCGAAAGGUGGUGGAUGUUUUAAUCAGGGUCACACGUAGGGCACUGGACCUAAUCAUCAAGCAGUUUUCUACGGAGCCAGCCGAUGAUGAUGUUCAAAAGAAGCCUAUAUUUCUGCUGCACGCUGCGCUUAUGAUACCGAACGUAUCUGUUAAGCCAACGUUGGAAGAAAUCCAAGACGCACUUGUGCUAGCCGGAAAGCACAUCUCGGGCUUGUCCAAGGGCGUCGCGCAGUGGACUGGUGGCAAAACUUCUAGGGUCCAAUCAGUGUCGGUACCUAUGGCCAUGGCGCAAAAAUCCUUGAAAAUGAUGGACGCAGCUAAAAUUAAAAGAAAGAAGCAUUAUAGACUGGAAUCAGAAGAGAAGCCCACCUUCCCUUUUCAACAGAAGAAUUUCUAUAGUCACGUGAUGGAUAAUAAAGAAAUAGUAAAAACACUAUCUUUGUUGUCGACAUGUUCACAAAAUAUUAAAACGGAAUUAAACACGCUAGUAAAACGUUGGCGGCCGUAUCACUACUUGUGGAAAUGCGAGAAAACUUUACGUCAAUUGCUAGCGUGGCAUCUCAAUGAUUUUGAAAUAGCUCUCAAGAGGCACAGCGAGCUAGAUGCCAAAUUGGCCACUGAACCAGAUGUGCUGGUCAUUGGGAACUGUCUCGCGGUGUCCACUGAAAAACUAAAGCUUGGCCUUACAACUGAACUCAAAAAUGGCACCCACAGAAUAAGUCAAGCCAUGCGUAAAAAAUACAAACGAGAAAUGGAUUAUGUUUACGCAAUCAUGAAUGAUCUGGAAAGAAAGCUUGAACGACCGAUCAGAGAUUUAGAUGAUGUCCGUACAAUAAUGGAAACCCUCAAGAAGAUCAGAGAACAGGAAGUCGAUAUGGAGCUGAAGAUUGACCCCGUCGAGGAGGCCUUCAAUAUAAUAACGCGAUAUGAACUACCAGUAAGCAAAGAAGAUCUAGACCAAGUAGACAACCUUCGUUACACUUGGCAACAGCUGCAAGCGACCGCGCUCGCAUCUCAUGUUCAACUUCUCGUAAUGCAGCCGCAGCUAGAGGAAGACCUCAGAAAUAACCUGGACAGGUUCAGGGACGAUAAUACAGACUACUGUCACGAAUACAGACACGCUGGUCCGAUGCAGUCGGGCCUCACGCCAAGGGAAGCGUCCGAUCGCCUGAUCCUCUUCCAGAAUCGAUUCGACGGUAUGUGGCGCAAACUUCAAACGUAUCAAAGUGGCGAGGAAUUGUUUGGUCUACCGCAUACGGAGUAUCCAGAAUUGGCACAAAUUAGGAAAGAAUUGAACCUGCUGCAGAAACUAUACAAGUUGUAUAAUGACGUCAUCGACAGAGUCAGCAGUUACUACGACAUACCCUGGGGCGAGGUCAACAUCGAAGAGAUCAAUAACGAACUCAUGGAAUUCCAGAAUAGAUGCCGCAAACUGCCUAAAGGGUUAAAAGAGUGGCCGGCCUUCUUUGCUCUGAAGAAAACUAUAGAUGACUUCAACGAUAUGUGCCCUCUGUUGGAGUUGAUGGCGAAUAAAGCUAUGAAACCUCGUCAUUGGCAGCGUAUCAUGGAAGUCACUAAGUACAACUUCGAGUUAGACAAUGAGGACUUUUGUCUCAAGAAUAUUCUAGAAGCUCCGUUGCUGCCGAACAAGGAGGAUAUUGAGGACAUAUGUAUAUCAGCGAUGAAAGAAAAGGACAUAGAAGCGAAACUACGGCAAGUGACGAACGAGUGGUCGGUGCAAGAAUUGACCUUCCAGACAUUCAAUAACCGUGGUGAGCUGCUCUUAAGGGGCGACACCACGGCCGAGUCUAUCGGACAGUUGGAGGACAGCCUCAUGAUUUUAGGCUCUCUCCUGUCCAACCGAUACAAUGCGCCAUUCAGAAAACAAAUACAACAAUGGCUAUAUGACUUACAAAGCACGAACGAAAUCCUGGAGAGGUGGCUGCUUGUACAGAACAUGUGGGUGUAUUUAGAAGCAGUGUUCGUCGGCGGCGACAUUGCAAAACAGCUACCAAAGGAAGCCAAAAGGUUUUCCAAAAUCGACAAGUCCUGGCAAAAGAUAAUGCAGCGAGCUCACGAGACACCUGGUGUGGUAUCCUGCUGUGUUGGCGACGAUCUCCUAAAGCAACUGUUGCCCCAUCUACAAGAACAAUUAGAACUCUGCCAGAAAAGUCUCAGCGGUUACUUAGAGAAAAAAAGAACGAUGUUCCCGAGGUUUUUCUUCGUAUCGGAUCCGGCAUUACUAGAGAUCUUAGGUCAAGCCUCCGAUUCGCAUACUAUUCAGAACCAUUUACUAUCAAUAUUUGAUAAUAUUCGAUACGUAAAGUUCCAUGAUAUUGAAUACAAUAAAAUGAUAGCAAUAGUGUCGUCGGAAGGCGAAGAAAUAAAGUUGGAGCGCCCUGUGCGAGCGGAGGGGUCGGUGGAGACGUGGCUUACGUCUCUUCUCCAGUCCGCUCAGGGUAGCCUACAUUCCAUCAUCAGGAACGCAGUGGCCUUCAUCAACGACCCUGCCUUCAAUCUAUUAAUGUUUCUAGACAAAAUGCCCGCACAGAUCGGCCUACUCGGCAUCCAAAUAAUUUGGACACGGGAUGGUGAGCUGGCCCUGAUGCAGGCAAGGCAAGACAAGAAAAUAAUGAUGGAGACUAACAACAAGUUCCUGGAGUUACUAAACACCCUCAUCGACCAAACCACGAGAGAUCUCCUCAAGAUUGAGCGCAUCAAGUUCGAAACGCUUAUCACGAUACAUGUCCACCAGCGGGACAUUUUUGAUAUGCUGUGUCGACUGAACGUACGCUCUGCGACCGAUUUCGAAUGGUUAAAACAAUGUCGUUUCUACUUCAAAGAAGAUGCGGAUAAAACUUUAAUAUCAGUGACAGACGUCACUUUCGCUUACCAGAACGAGUACCUCGGGUGUACUGAGAGAUUGGUCAUCACACCGCUGACUGACAGAUGCUACAUAACGCUAGCUCAAGCUUUGGCAAUGAGUAUGGGAGGCGCGCCCUGUGGCCCUGCGGGGACGGGUAAAACGGAGACUGUCAAAGAUAUGGGCAAGACACUCGCCAAGUACGUCGUCGUAUUCAAUUGCUCCGAUCAAAUGGACUACAGAGGUUUAGGUCGGAUAUACAAGGGUCUGGCUCAAUCUGGCUCUUGGGGUUGUUUCGACGAGUUCAACCGGAUUGAGCUCCCAGUGCUGUCGGUGGCUGCGCAGCAAGUCGCCGUCGUGCUCUCAGCCAAGAAGGAAAAGAAGAAGACAUUCAUCUUCACUGAUGGAGACACAUCGGAAAUGUGCCCAGAGUUUGGCAUAUUUAUUACAAUGAACCCAGGAUACGCCGGCCGUAAAGAGUUGCCUGAAAAUCUCAAGAUCCAAUUCCGCACCGUUGCUAUGAUGGUGCCCGAUCGGCAAAUCAUCAUACGAGUGAAACUCGCCUCCUGUGGCUUCUUAGAGAACAUCACACUUGCAAGAAAAUUCUACACCCUUUACAAGCUGUGUGAGGAACAACUAACUAAGCAGGUCCAUUAUGACUUCGGUCUUCGCAACAUUCUCUCCGUGCUCCGGACGCUCGGUGCGGUCAAACGAGUCAAUUCCAAGGACAAUGAAAGUACUAUAGUGAUGCGGGUUCUCAGGGACAUGAACUUGUCUAAACUGAUAGACGAGGAUGAACCACUCUUCAUAUCGCUCGUCGCUGACCUUUUCCCGAACCAAGCGUUGGAGAAGACAACCUAUACGGAGUUAGAAGAGAGUGUAAAGAAACAAGUAGCACAAACCGGGCUAAUUUAUCAUCCACCUUGGGUCUUGAAAAUCAUUCAGUUGUAUGAAACACAAAGAGUCCGACACGGAAUAAUGACCUUAGGUCCUCCCGGAGCAGGAAAAACAACUUGUAUUCAUACCCUUAUGAACGCACUAUCUGAAACUGAAAAUCCACACAAAGAAAUGCGCAUGAACCCCAAAUCUAUAACAGCAGCUCAAAUGUUCGGACGUCUGGACGUUGCCACCAACGAUUGGACAGAUGGAAUAUUUUCCGCAUUAUGGAGGAAGACACUAAAAAUAAAAACAGGAGAGCACAUAUGGUUAGUUUUAGAUGGACCGGUAGACAGCAUAUGGAUUGAAAAUUUGAACUCUGUCUUAGAUGACAACAAAACGUUAACGUUGGCUAACGGAGAUCGACUAACAAUGUCACCUACAUCAAAAAUAAUAUUUGAACCCGAAAAUAUAGAUAAUGCUUCACCAGCGACAGUAUCCAGAAAUGGAAUGGUUUAUAUGAGCUCCUCAGGUUUGGAUUGGGACCCAGUUCUUCGAGCUUGGUUAAAUUCACGCUCGCCUUUAGAAGUAGAUAUAUUUGGCGCAUUGUUCGAAAAAACAUUUCCUGUCGUAUACACUUGGUGUACUCAAAACCUAGUGUUUAGUAUGAAAGUCCUUCAAAGCAAUAUUGUGUUGCAAAUGCUCAGUCUUUUAGAAGGUCUAGUUCCACCUCAAGUAGUGGAACCUGAAGAACCAUCUGGAUCUAAAUCAGUAAACGGUGAUGUAGACGAUGAAGAAGAAAAAGAGAAAACAGAAGAAAUUGUAUUAUUCACUCCUGAACACUUACACAAAAUUUACGUUUUUACACUAUUUUGGGGAUUUGGAUCGUUAUUAGAAACAAACGACAGGAUGCGCCUUGAUUCAUACAUUAAGAAAAAUUUCUCAGAAGUACUUGAUAUACCUAAACAUCCCAAUAAUAAACCAUGUAUUUCUUUCGAUUUUUACGUAAAGCAUCCAGGUAAAUGGGAGCUAUGGGAUGACCUAGUUAUGAAUUAUCAGUAUCCCGACACGGCUACACCAGACUAUUCAACCAUUUUGGUCCCCAUCGUUGAUAAUGUGAGAAUCAAUUAUCUUAUUCAUUGUAUUGCUAAACAAGGAAAAGCAGUACUACUUUUAGGUGAACAAGGCUCCGCAAAAACGGUCAUGAUGAAAGCUUACAUGAAAAAUGCAAAUCCAGAGCAGUUUAUGGGCCGUUCAUUCAAUUUCUCCUCGGCUACAAGUCCGUACCAAUUCCAAAAAACAAUAGAGAGUUAUGUAGAAAAGAGAAGUGGUAUGACCUUUGGGCCGCCAGGAGGAAAGAAAAUGCUGGUUUUCAUAGACGAUAUUAAUUUACCACAAAUAAAUGAAUGGGGCGAUCAAAUUACAAACGAAAUCGUUAGACAGACGAUGAGCAUGGGUGGAUUUUAUAGUUUGGAGAAACCAGGAGACUUUACUACAAUUGUUGAUAUUCAAUUUUUGGGCGCAAUGGGACAGCCGGGUGGAGGUAGAAAUGAUAUUCCAGCACGACUGAAACGACAGUUUGCAAUAUUCAACUGUCCUCUUCCAAAUAACGACGCUAUAGAUAAGAUAUUUAAAGUUAUUGGCGAAGGUCAUUACAACGCAAAGCGAGGAUUCACUAUUGAAGUUAGAAAUCUCAUUAAGAAAGUAAUACCUUUGACUAGAGAAUUAUGGAUAAGAACUAGACAAAAUUUAUUACCGACCCCAGCAAAAUUUCAUUACGUUUUUUCUUUGAGAGAUUUAUCUCGAGUUUGGCAAGGUUUAGUGGGGACUUUACCUACAGUAAUUGAAUCGGAAAAAUGUUUAAUGUUAUUAUGGAAACACGAAUGCUCUAGAGUGUUUUCAGACAGAUUUACACAUCAAGCUGACAAAGAUUGGUUUAAUAAAGCUUUAUUUGAUAUAGCAGAGGAAAUAUUAGGAUCUGAAUAUAAAAAAAUGAUGGAAAAAGAACCUGUAUUCGUAGAUUUUAUGAGAGAUGCACCAGAGCCUACUGGUGAAGAAGGUGAAGAUGCAGAUAUGGAACUGCCCAAAGUAUAUGAGCCUGUAUUUGAUUACAGUGAACUACGCGAACGUUUGGACAUGUUUCUUGCACAGUUUAAUGAAAUGGUCAGAGGAUCAGGCAUGGAUCUCGUUUUCUUCCCUGACGCCAUGUUACAUUUGGUGAAAAUCUCAAGGGUGAUAAGGCAUCCGCGAGGAAACGUCAUGCUUGUAGGAGUAGGAGGCUCAGGCAAACAGUCUUUAACUAAAUUAUCCACGUUCAUAGCUGGAUACCGAUCCUUUCAGAUUGCUUUAACCAGAUCGUACAACGUUGGCAACUUCUUAGAAGAUUUAAAGCUACUGUACAGAUCAUGUGGAGUGCAAGGUAAAGGAACGACAUUUAUAUUUACGGAUUUGGAUAUAAAAGAAGAAGGUUUCCUAGAGUAUUUAAAUAAUAUUUUGUCCUCUGGUGUGAUAUCAAAUCUAUUCACGAAAGACGAACAACAAGAAAUAAUUUCCGAAUUGACUCCAAUUAUGAAGCGUGAGAAUCAAAAGCGAACGAUAACCAAUGAAUUGGUGAUGGAGUAUUUUUUGAAUAGAACAUGUCAAAAUUUGCAUGUCGUAUUGUGUUUUUCACCUGUAAGUGAAGCAUUCAGAUACAGGGCGAUGCGGUUUCCUGCAUUAAUAUCGGGUUGUACCAUUGAUUGGUUUCAACCAUGGCCUAAAGACGCCCUCGUGUCGGUAGCUGAUCACUUUUUAGCAGAGUUUGAAAUCGAAUGUACAAUAGAAGUUAAAAAAGAAUUAGUUACAGUUUUAGGUACGAUUCAAGAUGUAGUAUCAAAAGUCUCCACUGAAUACUUCCAAAGAUUUCGGCGAUCCUCACAUGUUACCCCUAAAUCAUAUCUCAGUUUCAUUGGAGGAUACAAAACUAUCUACCAAAUGAAACAGAAGGAAUUAGGGGACGGAGCUUUGCGAAUGGAUACAGGCUUGGAAAAACUACGCGAAGCUUCGAUUGCUGUGGAAGUCUUGAAGAAAGAUUUAUCUGUGAUGGAACAAGAUUUAGCGUUGGCUUCAGAGAAAGCUGGUCGUGUUUUAACAGAAGUUACUGAGAGAGCUAUGCAAGCUGAAAUUGUUAAAAACCAAGUCCAAAUAGUAAAAGAAAAAGCUGAGGCUCUAGUAGCAUAUAUUGCAGAAGAAAAAGAAAAAGCAGAAAGAAAAUUAGAAGCAGCUAAACCAGCUUUAGAAGAAGCAGAAGCUGCUUUGAAUACUAUAAAACCAGCACAUAUUGCAACCGUACGGAAAUUAGGACGACCACCACAUCUUAUCAUGAGAAUUAUGGAUUGCGUGUUGAUACUAUUCCAGAGAAGAUUACAUCCGCUGAUACCGGAUACAGCUGCACCAUGUCCAAAACCAUCGUGGGCUGAGUCAUUAAAGAUGAUGGCCAGCACCACAUUUUUGCUUCAAUUGCAAAACUAUCCAAAAGAUAUCAUCAACAAUGAGAUGGUGGAACAUCUCGUUCCAUACUUUGAAAUGGAAGAUUAUAACAUGGACACAGCUAAGCGGGUCUGCGGUGACGUUGCUGGUUUACUGUCAUGGACUAAAGCUAUGGCAUUUUUCCACAGCGUUAAUAAAGAAGUAUUACCUUUAAAGGCAAACUUAAUGAUGCAAGAGGCUAGAUUAAAGGUAGCUAUGGAAGAUUUAGCAUCAGCAGAAAGACAACUGGAAGAACGAGAAAUGUCGUUAAGAAAAGUAAAAGAACAAUAUGAAUCCGCUGUAUCUGAGAAACAGCAAUUAACUGAUGCAGCAAACGUGUGCUUGAGAAAAAUGACUGCUGCAACUGCACUGAUAAAUGGUUUAGGAGGCGAAAAAAUCAGAUGGACCCAACAAAGUAAGGACUUCAAAGAACAACUUGGUAGGUUAGUUGGAGAUGUAGUCUUAGCCACUGGAUUUUUAUCCUAUUGUGGGCCAUACAAUCAAGAGUUUAGAAAUAGUUUGCUCGAUACAUGGAUGGGGAUUUUAAAGAAAAAAGAGAUACCUGUCACUGAUAAUUUGAAUAUUACGAACAUGCUUGUUGAAAACGCGACUAUUUCGGAAUGGACACUGCAAGGACUUCCGAAUGAUGAUCUAUCAGUUCAAAAUGCUCUGAUUGUUACAAAAGCAAGUUCAUAUCCACUAUUGGUCGAUCCUCAAAGUCAAGGAAAGAAUUGGAUAAAAAAUAAAGAAAGUACAAAUGAAUUACAAAUUACCUCCCUAAACCACAAAUAUUUCCGAACCCAUUUAGAAGAUAGUUUAUCAUUAGGAAGACCAUUAUUAAUAGAAGAUGUCGGUAUAGAAUUGGAUCCUGUAAUCGACAAUGUUUUAGAAAAAAACUUUAUAAAAUCAGGGUCAAUAGAAAAAGUAAUGGUAGGUGACAAGGAAUGUGACGUAAUGCCUGGUUUUAUGCUAUAUAUUACAACAAAAUUACCUAAUCCGGCAUAUUCGCCUGAAAUUAGUGCUAAAACAUCUAUAAUAGAUUUUACUGUCACAAUGAGAGGUCUUGAAGACCAGUUAUUAGGUCGAGUAAUACUAAUGGAGAAAUCUGAUUUGGAAGAAGAACGUGUUGCUCUGUUUGAAUCGGUAAUGAAAAAUCAAAGAAGUAUGAAAGAAUUGGAAAGUAACUUGCUUUGUCGAUUGACAUCUUCUGAAGGCUCCUUGGUAGAUGACGAAGCCCUUAUUCAAGUACUACAAAUAACAAAAACUACAGCCGAAGAGGUGAACGAGAAAUUAAAAGUAGCAGAAGUUACAGAGAAAAAAAUUGUUAAAGCUAGAGAAGAAUUUAGAGCAGUUGCAGCAAGAGGAUCGAUUUUAUAUUUUUUGAUCGUCGAAAUGAGUAACGUUAAUUUAAUGUAUCAAAAUUCCUUAAAACAAUUUCUGACUAUAUUUGAUAAUUCCAUUACUAAAUCUACUAAAAGUAAUGAUACAGAAGAAAGAAUCAAUAUAAUUUUGAAAUAUUUGACGCACGAAGUUUGGGCAUUUACGCUGCGUAGUUUAUAUGAACGACACAAGGCUUUAUUUACAUUGAUGUUGGCUAUGAAAAUUGACUGUCACAGAGGCUUGAUAUCCCAUGAUGAAUUUACUGCGUUUGUUAAGGGCGGGGCUUCUCUCGACCUGAAUGCUGUCACUCCGAAACCGUUCAGAUGGAUUUUAGACAUCACAUGGCUGAACUUAGUAGAAAUAAGUAAACUAAAAACCUUUUCAGACGUGCUCGGUAGGAUAUCGUCGAACGAGAAGGAGUGGCGUACCUGGUACGAGAAAGCCAAGCCCGAGGAAGAAGCGAUACCCAGUGGGUACAACGAUAGCCUCGAUGUGUUUCGGAAGCUCCUCCUCAUUAGAUCAUGGAGUCCCGAUCGCACUUUGUCUCAAGCAAGAAAAUAUAUAGUUGACUCUCUUGGUCCCGAAUAUGGUGAAGGUUGUAUACUGAACCUGGAAGCAACGUGGGAGGAAUCAGAACCACGAACCCCGCUUAUCUGCAUACUGUCUAUCGGAUCUGAUCCCUCAGCACAGAUUGCCGCUCUCGCCAAAGCUAAGGAAAUUGUUUUAAAGGCAGUGUCUAUGGGUCAAGGUCAAGAAAUUGUUGCGCGCAAAAUGAUCUCAGACUCGAUGAACGAAGGGGGCUGGGUGCUGUUACAGAAUAUUCACCUUUCAUUACCAUUCUGCGUUGAAGCUAUGGAUGCCCUCAUCGAGACUGAACAUAUACAGGAGUCAUUUCGCUUGUGGCUUACUACCGAAGUGCACACGGAAUUCCCUAUAGGCCUACUACAAAUGGCCAUAAAGUUCACAAACGAACCACCACAAGGAAUCCGAGCAAGUAUGAAAAGGACCUAUCAAAACAUCACACAAGACUCUCUGGACUAUUCAUCAUUAGCGCAAUGGCCACCUUUAUUGUAUGCCGUGGCGUUUUUGCAUACGAUAGUCCAAGAAAGACGAAAGUUCGGGCCUCUCGGAUGGAAUAUUCCAUAUGAAUUCAAUCAAGCCGAUUAUGCUGCUAGCGUUCAAUUUGUCCAAAAUCAUCUCGAUGAAAUAGACCCAAAAAAGGGUAUUUCCUGGCCGACCAUCUGUUAUAUGCUUGGCGAAGUUCAGUAUGGUGGUCGUGUCACUGACGAUUUUGAUAAACGAUUACUCACAACUUUCACAAAUGUAUGGUUCUGCGACGUACUUCUGAGGCCUGGAUUUGAAUUUUAUAAAGGCUACAAAGUACCCCAGACGCGAAAUUUACAAGGUUAUGUGGAUUAUAUAAAUCAAUUGCCCUUAACGGAUACCCCGGAAGUGUUCGGUUUACACGGCAACGCUGACAUAACGUUUCAAAUCAAUAGUGCUAAAGACAUAUUGGAUACUAUUUUAAGCGUACAACCGAAAGAGGGUGGAAGUCAAGGCGGAGAGACCAGAGAAAGUAUCGUUUAUCGUUUAGCCGAAGACAUGUUAGAAAAAUUGCCAAAACAGUACGUUAGUUUCGAAGUAAAGGAAGCUUUACAGAAGAUGGGUGCAUUUCUCCCUAUGAAUAUCUUUUUGAGACAGGAGAUAGACAGAAUUCAGCGAGUAAUCAAGACGGUUCACUCAACGCUGUGCGAUCUAAAACUAGCGAUUGAUGGAACUAUUGUGAUGAGCCAGGGGCUCCGAGAGUCCCUUGAUGCCAUGUACGACGCCCGUAUUCCACAGAAAUGGUUGAAGGUGUCGUGGGAGUCGGCUACACUAGGCUUCUGGUACACAGAGCUGCUUGAACGUGAGCAACAAUACCGCAUAUGGCUACGAAACGGCAGACCUAGCACGUUUUGGAUGACCGGCUUCUUCAACCCACAGGGAUUUCUCACCGCUAUGAGACAAGAAGUGACACGUAGUCACAAAGGUUGGGCACUCGAUUCGGUGGUAUUGCAAAAUCUUAUCACCAAACUUAACAGAGAGGACGUACAUGAAGGGCCAGCGGAAGGUGUUUACGUUUACGGACUGUUCCUUGAAGGAGCAUCAUUGGACCGGAAGACGGGUAAACUCAUUGAAUCCAAGCCCAAAGUACUUUACGAGCAGAUGCCUGUCAUCUACAUAUUCGCAAUCAACACUACAGCUGGAAAGGACCCUCGCCUUUACGAGUGUCCUAUAUACAGAAAGCCACAAAGGACCGAUGCCAAAUAUGUGGGGUCAAUUGAUUUCGAGACGGACAGUAACCCACGACACUGGACGUUAAGAGGAGUGGCGCUCUUGUGCGAUAUCAAGUAGAUGAAAGAAGAGUAUAAUUAUGUUCUUCUCUUAGAACAUGUUGGAAUGGGUAUAGGUCUCUGCGAAGUUGGACCUUUGAAAAUUGACACCCCAGGAUCGGGCAAACUUUAUUAGAAGCUCUACAUCUGCACUAAUAUAUUGUGCUUUCUAUAACCACUUGCAACAGGAAUGAAAAGUGGGCAGGACGAAUUAUCUCGAUAGAUGUCUACGCUAACCCUAUAAGGGCUACAGUAAUAGAGACAUGUGAAGAUUGAAUAUAAAUUUCUUAUUAGUUGGGAUCAUUCAAAUAUUCGCUUUACCCUAUAGUUGCAAAAAAUACACGUCUUUGACUUUGAGACACUUCUUUAACUCAACUAUGCGUGAUUUCAUUUUGCAAGCUUAAGUACCAUUUUAAAUUUUGAAGUGUAGGUACAUAUUUAGAUGAAUCCUUAAAAUGCAAUUGAAGCAUCUUCCAUUUCUUAAUGCAUAUGCAUGAAUCCUCAAAAUACAAUUGAGGCAACUUCCAUUUCUGAAUGCAUAUGCAUGUUCCUUCUAAAUAUAAUUGAAGC